AUGCCAUUCCCUAAGGCCUUGACUAGAUUUGCUAAGAAGGGGCAAGAAGAAGAUAGGCAUGAUGUGUUUGAUAUGUUGAAGAAGGUGGAAGUGAACAUACCACUUCUUGAGAUGAUAAAAAGCAUGCCUAAGUGUGCAAAGUUUUUGAAGGAGUUAUGCACUAAUAAAAGGGGAUUCAAACCAUUGGCUACAGUUCAAAUGAGUCCUAAUAUUAGUGCUGUCUUCAAGCCACAACUCCCCCUAAAGUGUAGAGAUCCGGGGGCAUGUACCAUUCCUUGUCAAAUAGGGAAUGUGUUUGUUCAAGAAGCCUUGAUUGACCUAGGGGCAGCCAUCAAUGUGAUGCCCACUCACAUUUAUUCUUCCCUUAAUCUUGGUGGUCUUCAAGAUUGUAGUGUUAUCUUGCAACUAGCCGACUGGAGCACUAGGAAGCCUAAGGGAUUCUUGGAAGACAUCUUAGUGAAGGUCAAGGACUUGGUUUUUCCAGCAGAUUUUUAUGUCUUUGAUCCUUUUGUGCCUAAUCAUUUUCCAAGGUUGGAGGAGUGUUCUAUUUGUGAUGUUUCAGGUUUAGGGACAAUUGAAAAGCAUGAACAAAGUGAUUUUGGGGCUGUUAAUGAUCUUAAGGGCGUGCAAAUUGGUGCUGCAAGUCUAGAAUCAGAUGUGGCCGAACCUGAAUUAAUUCUGGAGCAAGCCAAUCAGAUCUGGAUGUGA